UCAGAAUUUAAUCUACCAUGCUUGUUCUGUCUUCUGCAUUUUGUCAUGCGAAAGUCUGUUAGUUUCCACCUCUUCGUUGGAUUCCUUAUGCUGUGGCAAUUUUAAGCCAAUGCUUUGUGCAUCCAAGAACAGUGCAUCAGUAUUUUGUAAAAAAAUAAUUAUUAAUUGAUAAUCCCUUCUUUAGACCGAGUGAAUAGUCGCAAAUGCUAGUUGUUAACGGUGAAUAUAUUUGAGUCACUCCGGUUCUUUGUGUCUAUCUAAGAAUUACAUUGUUCUGUUUCGGGACCUAUGACAAUAAAAACUCCCUCUUGACACUUCUCCACACUCCCGUUCUUAUGACCAUAAAUAACGAUCACAAAGGUUAAUGUUAACGCCUCCGAUGAUCACAAUAGUCCUAAAGAUUAUGCCUGAAAAUGACACCAAUUCAAGUAAUGAAUCUCCUAAUGUUGGAUUCAACAAGAGCAACAAAGGUGAAUUAAUGGAUUUUCUGAGCCAAGAUCAGGGAGAUUCUAAGAAGCAGUACUACGAAGGUCUCAUUGCCUUGCAGGACUCCUGUAGACAAAGACUGCUGGCACUGGACGUUCAAUAUGAGCAGCUGACUAAUAAACAUAAAUUGGAGCAUACGGAAAUAAAUAAAAACAUGGGACUGACAGAAGAAGUGGUCAAAUUCUUUGCAAUGAAUGAAGGAAGAAUCUCCUUGAACAAUAGAUCGCCCAAGCCAAAUCCAUCUGGGGAUAUAAUGAAGAGAAACUCCUACUCUGGUAAUGAAUUCUGCAGUUUAACUGCUUCAGAGGGGAGUGUUGAAAAGGAUUAUUUGCAGCCGAAGAAGUCCAGCAGACCUAAGAAUGCUACAUCAGCAUGGAUCUCACAGAUUACAGUGCCUCAGCCGUUCAACAUGACCAUGCGGGAAAGCCAGAAGAAGACGGAGGUUCUUCGGUCGAGAGUGACACUGGAAAUGGAGAAGCAGCUGGUGGAAAAGUGGCAGAAGGAAGAGGCAGAAUGUCAGAAGAAGUUCCGAGCCCUUCCUGCACCCGGUCAUGUUUACCUGCAACUUUACGACGAAAUCAAUGAACAGAAUGAUGAAAAGAGACGCAAAGAAAUGGAGAAACGGCAAGAGUAUCUGCUGUCCACACAGAAACCAUUUAGCUUUACCAAGAAGGAAGAAGGGAGGAAAGAGAAGUUGAAAGAACAGCUCCAUACCUUGGUUCCAGAAGCUGAGAAUACAACAAAACAGAUAAAGAAAAUUCCACGCUCUGUCAAAGAUGCAUCGAUGAGCGAGAAACUCAAAGAAAACGAACUCUACAGAAAAAUCCGGAUUCAGAUGAGAGCUGAGGAUUUGCUCAAAAAAGCCGCAGCACCCGUGGAUCAAAGGCCAAGCAAAAAAACGGUCACUACAAGCUCCAUGAGAACAAGACAGGAGAAGCUGGCCUUCCUGGAGGAAAAACCAAAGUUCAAGCCAAGGAUAAAUCCAGAAAUCCCUGACUACACAAAACUGUACAAUGCAUUUCAAAGAGAAGCAAGAAAGGAGACAAAGGAGACAACAAAAUGUGUGCCUUUUGAACUGCAGACAUCAAAGCUGCCACCACGUCACAGUAAAGACAAGAGUAAAAUCGGAUCAAAGGAUUCCCAUAAAAACACACAGAAUCACUUGAAAAAAAGUAAUUCUUUCAGUGAUAUCCGUUCAUUGUUUUCUCAUACGCUUCCCAUCUCGACAACAAACGCUGCAAGAAAAAGGCAGUCGGCUGUCAGAAAAUCUCUGGAAGAACGAGACAAACAUGAUGUAGAGAAAGCUGAAUGGAUGGAGAGGUAUAAAAUGAAUGUUCACGACAUGCGCAAAACAUUACCAAUCCGGGCUAAAGCAAUGGAUCCUCAUCAGAGCCUUGCUGAGACCUUCAAAGGAAUAUUGAAAAAGCAUAGGCAGACGGACCUCAAGAGGAAGAACGAAUACAAGAAGGAACUAGAGGCGAUGAAAAGGCGAGUCUGCGGCAGACCGUACCUUUUUGAACAAGUCUCUCAGAAAAAUGCCACCUUUGAGGCCGAGAAACGUUACCGUGAAACGUUGCGGCAAGCUGGGGUGGAUGAAGAAUUUGUGAGAGAUAAAGGAGGAAAUGCAGAGGAUAUUCCUCUCACACUAUCUGAUCUUGAAGACAGCAUCCAUGAGAGUGAAUGCAGGACGGGAAAGCAUAAGAAUAACUGGUCACGGGAAUCUUUGGAAAACUUUAGGUCCUUGUAUGAAGGAAAGAACAGGGAUGAAGAACAGGACGAGGAUGGAGAGAAUGGAGAACAGGACGAAGAUGGAGAGCAAUAUGAAGAUGAAGAGCAGAGCCACGAUGAAGAGCAUGAUGAGGAUGGAGAGAGUGGAGAGCAGGACGAGGAUGGAGAGAAUGAAGAGCAGGAGGAGAAUGGAGAGCAGGAUGAUGAGCGAGAGACAGUUUCUGAUACUGAUCAGGAGCACCAUUUUGAUUCUCAUGUACGAGAGAAUUCAACCUGCGAACUGGACUAGUAAUUCUGUCCUUUAAAAUAGUCAUGUCCUGAUUCUAUUAAGGACUUUUCGACAAUAGACAAUAGGUGCAGGAGUAGGCCAUUUGGCCCGUCGAGCCAGCACCGCCAUUCACUGUGAUCAUGGCUGAUCAUCCACAAUCAGUACCCCAUUCCUGCCUUCUCCCCACAUCCCUUGACUCCGCUAUGUUUAAGAGCUCUUUUGGCCACUUGACUUUAUUUUGCAUUGAAGCCACAUUUGCACCAGCUGGCUUUGAUAGGAUAACGACAAACUGCCAGAAAAGUGUGCCACUUAAACUAACCACAUUCACCUUCCUCUCUGUGGAAGGUCUGUGGAAUUCUCUGCCUCAGAGGGUGGUGGAGGCCGGUUCUCUGGAUGCUUUCAAGAGAGAGCUAGGUAGGGCUCUUGAAGAUAGCAGAGUCAGGGGAUAUGGGGAGAAGGCAGGAACGGGGUACUGAUUGGGGAUGAUCAGCCAUGAUCACAUUGAAUGGCGGUGCUGGCUUGGAGGGCCGAAUGGCCUACUCUUGCACCUUUUGUAUAUUGUCUACUGUCUCCAGCAGACUAAAACUGUAAGUAUAAGCAAAACAUUGAGCUUCACAUAACAUCAUGUUUUUCAAGGUGUAAUAUGUUGAAGGAUUUUGUGCUGUUGCACUGUGUUUUAUUCAUUUAGAUCAUGUUGAGAGGCAUUCGGCUGGAGGCAAAGAAUGUUAUUUUACUCCAUGUUCCGUGGCCGAACAAAAUUGUACAUUGACUAAAACAGCAUCCUACAUCUCUGCAAAUGUCUCAUCUUGAAAUAAUUAUUCUAACUUUCUAUUUGCAGAAAACAUCUAGUAAUCAAAUAAGAGAAAACUUUAUUCUUUCCCACGCUUUUUUAGUUUAGUUAAGAGAUACAGCACGGAAACAGGCCCUUCACCCCACCGAGUCCACGCCGACCAGCGUUCCCCGCACAGGUCACGCAGAGAACGUACAAACUCCGUACUGACAGCACCCUUGGUCUGGAUCGAACCCGGGUCUCCGCGCCGCAAGCACUGUAAAGGUGCAACUCUGCCACUGCGCCACCCUACUCGGUAGUAAAUUAUAUGUUACGUAAAUCACAAAUUUAAAUCUAUGGUUCCUCAUCCCAGCUCCCAAUGUGUAGAGGUCUUCAACAUUUAGACGCCAUUGGGACAGAUACAUGGAUAGGAAGGUUUUAGGGGAAUAUGGGCCUAACACUAAUAGGUGGGACUAGUGUCGAUGGGGCAUCUUGGUUGACAUAGGCAAGUUAGACUCAAGGUAUAAAAACAAAAUGCUGGAGUAACUCAGCCGGACAGGCAGCAUCUCUGGACAGAAGGAAUGGGUGACGUUUCAGACGGAGAGUUGUUUAGACUGAAGGGAGCUGUUUCUGUGCUGUAUAACCACAGUAUGAUCCCUUCCUAGUUAGUCCAUUAAGCUUGAAGACAAGAUCACCCUUCAAGCUUUUAUUGAUUUAGUAGGGUCUGAACAUUAGACAUAUGUAAGCUACUACUGCUCUGCGUUUAUUUGAAUACUUAUAACCAAGAUCUUUUAACUGCAAGCAUUAUUUCUUUAAUAGUGCAACUGGAUUUUUUGUGUGUAUUUAAAUAGAAUAACUCCAUUCAGAUUUAAAGUUUUAUUCAUUUAUUAUUUUAGAAUGGAAAUUAAAUUAUGUAAACUGUAGGAACUCACUAAUACACUUGCUGCUUACUAUCAACAUAGUUCUGAGGAAUAGGGUGGUAAAUUCUGUUUACUGUUCAUUUUAAAUUAUUGUUCCUGACCCCUGUACUAAAUGGAGAUGCAGCGCUAACUGUAGAACAUCCAAGUUUAUUUCCAUUUAAGCUGUUCUGUUAUCAGAAAUAAGUAUUUAUUUAAUACUUCUGUCCUAUUAUAAUGUACUCACCAAGUGUGUUAAAUAAAGUCUCUUUCAGGUUUCUUCCUGUUUUCCUUUGAAAUCCCUAUUUUUGCUUUAAAG